GUUCCCAGCAGCGCUGCCAGCCUGCCACCGUCUUCCCGGAACCCCACCGAGCCGACGACCGAAGCCGACGCGACCCUCCUCGCGUCACCGCGCGCAAGAGUCCCAUGGCCACGGCGGGUUCGUCCCCCCCUGCCAGCCAGCAGCCCUUCAAGCUGAUCCUAGGGUCGUCUUCGGUGGCGCGGAAGCACAUCCUCGAGGAGAUGGGGCUGGAGUUCCAAGUCAUGACUGCUGACAUCGACGAGAAGAGCAUCAGGAGGGAGAAUCCCGAUGACCUGGUAAUGGUCCUCGCGGAGGCCAAGGCUGAUGCUAUCAUGUCCAGAUUGAACAUUGAUGAUUAUCAGAAAGAAGGCAGUCAACCAACACUCCUGAUCACAUCUGACAUAGUGGUCGUCCAUGAAGGGAUUAUUAGAGAAAAACCAACCACCAAGGAAGAAGCACGGCAAUUCCUGAAAGGCUAUUCCGGAGGUCACGUGUCAACUGUUGGGUCUGUUGUUGUAACUAAUCUUACAACUGGGAAGAGACUUGGAAGUUUGGACAAAGCUGAGGUUUAUUUCCACGAUAUACCAGAUGAGGUCAUCAAGAGCUUGAUCGAUGAGGGAGUAGUAUUUAGGGUCGCAGGUGGUUUGCUGCUUGAACAUCCAUUGACGCUGCCGUUUGUCGAAGCAGUGGUUGGUUCUAGUGACAGUGUCAUGGGGCUGUCAAAGGAGGUUGCAAACAAGUUAAUUCACGACGCACUGUCUACUUAGCGUAGCAAUUUCAGCACUACUGUUUCUGAUCAAAUUCUUACUGCACUCACCUGGAGAUGUGAUCAAGCAGAGAGCAUAUCUGGGGAUACCCAUAGUGAUUCAUGUAUUUUUAAACGUUAAACCAAGACAGGCGCACCUGGCAUUGCAAAUUGUGAUCAGGUUGUACUUGCCUUCUGUUUCACUUGAAGGAUACGUUGAUGCUUCUUUUAGUGGGUCAGUUGGUAUGAUUUGUAAUAUACUGAUAUACAUAAUCUCGUCUCUGAUAUGUGACUGUUCGUUGCAAUUGUUAAA